CCGACUUCGAGCUUGAAAAAUCUAUGCCGAGGCCUGAUCCGGAUUGGGCUGCAGUCCGGCCGUGGACAGGUUUAAUCCGUGGCACGAAAAGGAUGUCAUGUAUAAGAAUCCAACGGUCUAGAUUUUAUGGCUGUACACAAAAGAAUUAUAACGGAUUGUAGUCUAUCCCCACUUUAUUCUUUCCUGUCCAGCAAGAUCCAUCGGCCCCCAAAAAAGAUCUCCUUCAGAGAAGAACUGAAAAUCUUCUGAUCUUCUUUCUUAGAGAGACCGAAACAGACCCAAGAUAAAAACAUAUAGUUUUUUUAGAAAAGAUUGGGUCUGCUGUAUUGAUAAAGAGAAUGUCUUUAACAUGUGUGAAAAUGUCUGAGGAUGUUUGGUUAACUUGUCUUACGCAUGCAUUGUCUACUGAAACUGAAGAGAUCAUGGGUCUUCUUCUCGGAGAUAUUGAGUACUCAAAAGAUGGAAAUGUCACUGCAUUGAUAUGGGGAGCAUCACCACAGUCACGAUCUGAUCGGCGGAAGGACCGAGUUGAGACAAAUCCUGAACAAUUGGCAGCUGCCUCAGCUCAAGCUGAUAGAAUGACUGCGUCAACUGGCAGAACAACAAGAGUGAUCGGGUGGUACCAUUCGCAUCCCCAUAUUACAGUUCUUCCUUCUCAUGUUGAUGUGCGGACUCAGGCAAUGUAUCAACUUCUAGAUUCUGGAUUUAUUGGGCUUAUAUUUUCUUGUUUUAGUGAAGAUACAAACAAGGUGGGAAGAAUCCAAGUCAUUGCUUUUCAGUCGUCAGAUGGGAAGCAGAGUCAUAUAUCAGGACCUAUUGCUUUAUCUCCUGUGAAUAGAAGCUCAGUUAUUGAUCUUGAAUCAUCUUUAAGUUCUUCCGAAAAUGCAUUGAUGACAUCUGGAUCUGCAAAAGUAGAUAGUCCUAUGCAAGACACAGGUGAUUCCAGAUUAAUUCAAGGAUCUAGUAAGGGUGGGGGACGAUCUGUGGACUUAGGAGGUUUCUUUGCUGAUGCUGAUGCCAACUAUCUAGGGCGAGAGCAAAGCGGAGGAAACUAUAAUAACAAUAGUAUACAGCAUGCUGUUGUUGAUGUUGACCCCAUGGAUAUGUCAGAAAGCAUGCAAGAAGCCAUGCACCGCUCGAAUUUGGACAUGAGUGGUGCUGAGUAUGUCAGGAAAGAAAUUCCUCUUCAUGUUUUGCCAACAUCAUCUCUUGUUCAUCUUGACUCGCCAUUAAAGUCAUUUACGGAUUUACAACAUGUACUAUAUGAAGAGGAGCGGGCAGCAUAUAACCAGGCCAUCUUGCAAAAUAUGAGAGAUGGCAAAGUGCAUCCACUUUCUUUCAUCCAUCACACAUCUACAUAUCAGGCUUCCAUGUGCAAGUUAAUUGAAUAUUGUUUAAGUCCUGCCAUCAUUGCACUUCAGGAUCGAUUAAAAGAGAAUGAAAUUCGGUUAGCAAUGCUGACCGACGAAGCUAAGACUUUGGAGACUGAAGCCUUAAAGGGGAGUGGACCAAGUUCUCCUCAUAAUGCUUCAUCUCAUGGAUUCCGAGGAAGUGCUUUGGCUGGCCAGAGAGACUUGCAUAAUUCAGCUGAGACCAUCAGCAUGAGGACAUUUUCUGGUCCUGGGAGCCGAAGCAGAAAACGAUCUUAAUAAAAUUUCUGGACCAAUCCUCUUCUCAAUGCAAUUUGUUGAAUGUGUUUCCGGGUUUAUCUGAGGAACUUCUGCAACUUGGUCGUUGGUGAUCAAGUUCAAGACUGUUUUAGAGGCAAUACCACGAAGAGAACUUAGAGAUUGUUGUUUUUGUGGUAUUUCCAAAAGGAGACUCCCGAAGAAACUAGAUGAUUGGGUUUGGGAUGAGUCUUCGAAGAAUCAAUGGUAUUGUACAUAAUCAUGUUUCUCUUGGACCUUGCAGUACUUUUGUGGAGUUAUAUUUUGAUCGGGGGAUUGCAUUAAGUAAUGGUAGCCCCCCUUUUUAUGCUCAUUUUUCAUGUAUGGGCAGAACAUUCAGUAUGUGUGAGAUAUUUAUAAGUGUUUCGCUACGAGUGCUUAGCUCUUGAGACACAUUUUUUAAAGAUGAAUAAGAUACUAGUUAUACUAA